CUUUAUCAUACUUCUAUUGCAUCCGAAAAAUUAUAAGCCUUUCCCAGCAUGGAAGAAGAAAGCUUGAUCUUCAUUGUCGGUGUGAUAGGCAACAUCAUGUCAGGCCUAGUCUACCUUUCUCCCACGAAAACAUUUUGGAGAAUAGUGAAGCACAGAUCAACUGAAGAUUUCGAAAGCAUUCCUUAUGUUUGUACAUUGCUGAAUGCUUACUUUUGGAUUUACUACGGACUGAUUAAGCCUAACAGCUUGCUUGUAGCCACCAUUAAUUGUUUUGGAAUUGUUGCUGAGACAGUUUAUCUGACCCUAUUCCUAAUUUUUGCUCCUCCAGGAUUGAGGGCAAGGACAGCGACACUUGUGGCGAUUUUGGAUGUGGGGUUUCCAGCUGCUGCAAUCUUUCUUACUCACUCCAUGUUGCAUGGAUAUCUACGGAUCAAUGUUGCAGGGCUCUUGUGCGUAGUUUUCAGUAUGAUCUCUUACGGUUCACCCCUAGCAGCCAUGAAAACAGUAGUGAGAACUAAGAGUGUGGAGUAUAUGCCUUUUCUCCUCUCACUGAUCCUUUUCAUCAAUGGAGGAAUUUGGACUUUCUAUGCGCUGCUUGCAAAGGACUACUUUGUCGGAGUGCCGAAUGGGAUUGGAUUUUUCCUUGGAACAAUUCAGCUGCUGCUGUAUGCAAUGUAUUGGAAACCACAGAAGCUGAAGAAAAUGUCAGACAAUUUGGAGGAAGGAUGGCAGCAUGAUCAGCCCCCAAAUAAUUCCAGCUUGAUUUCCAGUCUAUUGCCGGAAAGGAGUGCAGAUUGAAGGCCUCCUUUCUUUGGCAAUGGAAGCCAUUGUAAAAAGAUUGGAGACAAAGAAGAACAUCAGGAGGCAACAAAUUGGAUAUGCGAGAGGUGUUCAUAUAUCUACUGAUGUACUUUCAUGCCAUAAGAAUUUGGGCCACCUUUCUCUUCCUUGAGCAUUUCCCAGAUUCUUGGACGCUAUCAAGUUCAACAGAGAUUGG